AUUUGUAUUUUAUAUUUUAUAUUUGUAUUUUUUAUAAAUUUUAGUUUAUUCUUUGUCUCGAUGUUACGGUUACAACCCUAACGGACGGGACAGAUAAGCGAUUGCGAAACAUUACCGGGAAACAGAUUAAACCGCUAUCGGACUAACCACCCCCUCCUUUUCUAACCCCGUCCGAAGGGCUGCUCUGAUAACGUUUCGGCGAAAGAUAAUAUCGUUGUCGUCGUCGAAGUUGGUCGCGCAACGCUCGGCUCUGCGGUUCGGUCACGUGCAGUUGUUUGUUUCAUCGGCGGCCACAGUCCGCGGCCGUCAGUCGUUUUCCCCCUCGUCCCGUGACGUAUGAGCCGGUUGGGCCGUUGAUGUUCGGGCGGCCUCGUUGGCGCGCGCGUCAUUCUCAUCCCGUUUCCGACCGAUAAAUCAAACACACUACGAGACCAAUAUCAACAACAGCCGGCCGAGUACGCGGUACACGGGUGACAGGUGAUUGCGUAUCACACUACUACUACUACAGGUAGAUCAGCACUAAAGUCUUUCAACAACUCACCGUUACGAUGAUGGCUCCCAUAAGUCGAUUGGCUACGAUGUUUUUAUUCGCUGUGAUAUACAACGUUUUAUCUGCUCGUGGCACUCGCAUUGGCUUGUACGAGGACACUGAUCUGAUGGAAAUAUUGGAUAGCUCUAAUUUCAAUGAGAAAGUCUUGCAAGGAAAUACGUCUUACCUGAUCGAGUUUUACAAUGCCUAUUGUGGACAUUGUAUAAGGUUCUCUGGCAUAUGGAAAGAAUUUGGUCUCCAAGUAUAUGGGUGGAACAAUUAUGUAAAAGUUGGUGUAAUUGAUUGUUCAAAUCAAUUAAACAGUCAAACUUGUCGAGACUAUGAAAUAAUGGGGUAUCCAACUGUACGAUAUUUUGAACCCCAUCCAGAUCCGACUAAUAUUGGAGUAAAUUUUGUUGCAUAUAAUAAUCCAGAAUUAAUGAAAAAUAAUCUUAUAGAAAAGCUUAGUGAGACUCAAAGGAAUGGAAAUCUAUCAUCUUUGUGUGAUAUACAACCAUAUGAUAAGGACAAUAUAGUUCUAGAUUCAAAUAAUUUGUUGACAUUUGUAAUAAUUGAAAGUACAACAAACAACAGGUUAGCUCAGGAGCUUAUAAUUGAUUUUUGUCGUGUCAAAAAUGUUAAAAUAAUAUAUGCUUUAAACUCUAACACAAAAUUAGUAGACCUAUUGGAUUCAAAAAUAUAUCCAAGUCUUUAUAAAGUAGACAGUUAUAAUCACUUUCAACUUUUAGUGAAUAAUAAUAAUAAAUCUUUUUAUAUUGAAUCUAUCAACAAAAAUCUAGAGGCUGAGCACAUAACUCCAUUUAAUAUAAUUGAUAUUACAACUAAAUUGUAUAAUAUGAUAUUCAAAAAUGAAAAAGUUCUAUUGGAAUAUAAUAUAGUAUAUUUGUCAGAUUUAGAAGCUACACUGAAGUAUUCUUUGGAUCAUGAAAUAACAUCUCGUAGUAUUAUUUCUGGUGAGGCAUUAGAAUCGUUAAUUGGCUAUUUAGAGCUUCUUAGCGAAUGCUUUCCUACAAAUAUAAGAGGUAAAAAAUUCAUAAAUUUAUUGUUGGAUAGCAUACGCGAUAAAAAAACAGUGUCUGGAGAGAACCUUGGAGAAUAUGUUAAUAAAUAUGAAUUUUUAAUAAGCCCAUAUGUGACUAAACAUAAAUGGAUUGGAUGCCAAGGUAGCAACGCAAUGUUUAGACAAUAUCCUUGUGGUUUGUGGACUCUGUUUCAUACACUUACUGUACAAGCAUCUAUGAAGAACUUGGAUACAUUUAACGGUAUCCAGGUUUUGGAAACCAUUGCUGGCUAUGUUAAACAUUUCUUUGGGUGUACCGACUGCUCUGAACAUUUUAUGGGUAUGGUUACUACUAUAAAAAACAAUGUUUCGUCAUUCGAUGAUGCAGUUUUAUGGCUUUGGUCAGCUCAUAAUCAAGUAAAUCAAAGGCUUGCUGGCGAUGUCACUGAAGAUCCAAUGUUUCCAAAAGUAUUAUUUCCAAUUAAACGACACUGUGAAACAUGUCGUAAUAAUGUGACUAAUGAAUGGAAUAAAUCUGAAGUACUUGCGUUUUUGAAAAAAAUGUAUUCUACUGUAAGUAAUAAACAGGCUUCUAAUGUUAUUAAACCUCAAAAUAUGCUAUCAGCUCAACAAACUAUUGAAGAAAGUAACUUUAAUGAUAUAUUUGACAAAGAAGAAUGGAAAAUUGAUGUUAGUACUUGUAUGAUUUCAUACAUUUUGUCAUGUAGUGUGUUAAUGAUAUUGUUUUAUGUAUUGGUAAUUAAGAAACGAUGUAAAAAAAAUAAGUACUUCUACUUUGUAUUAAGUAAAGUUUGAAUGUAGUUUUUACUUAAAUAUUUAUUUUAUAAUAUUUGAUUGAAAAAAUGUAUUUUUAUAAGGUAUAACGAGUUAAGAAUAAUUU